AUGUCAGCAACGAAAGAUAAAUCCAAGGUGCACAAGCUCUCCAUCAAAGGGUCAGCGAAGCUCGUGGCGGAAUUCUUUGAAUACUCGAUAAACUCCAUCCUGUUUCAACGAGGGGUAUAUCCACCAGAAGACUUUACAACUGUUAAGAAAUAUGGUCUCAAUAUGCUCGUUACCGCCGACGACCAGGUCAAGGCCUACAUCAAGAAGAUUAUGUCGCAGUUAAAUAAGUGGAUGCUUGGAGGCAAGAUAUCGAAACUUGUUGUGGUGAUAACAGAUAAGGAGACUGGGGAGCAUGUCGAAAGAUGGCAGUUUGACGUCCAAAUAUUCGGAAAGCAUACCAAGAGCCAAACUUCUCGAAAAUCUGCCGAUAAGGAGAACGCCACUCCGGGAGACACGGAGAUGCAAGAUUCGACCGCAGUCGAGAAGACAGAGAAAGAAAUCCAGGAAGAGAUACAGGCUAUCUUCCGCCAAAUUACGGCCUCUGUCACUUUCCUCCCAGUUCUGGACGGAGACUGCACAUUCAACGUCCUCGUGUACGCUGACGCAGACUCGGAGGUGCCCGUAGAAUGGGGCGACAGCGAUGCCAAAGACAUCAAGAAUGCCGAGAAAGUGCAGCUGCGAAGCUUCAGUACGAAUAACCACCGAGUGGAGACCCUGGUCAGCUAUCGCCUGGCCGAAUGA